UGCUAGUAAAUAAAUAUUAACAACAAUAAAGCUAUAUUAUAAGUAUACAAUUUAAUAAUUUUAUAUAAUUGUAAAUAACUAUUCUUAGUGAAAAUAUGGUUUGUGAUAAAUGCCAAAAAAAAUGCGGAAAAGUAAUAACUCCAGAUCCUUGGAAAUCUGGAGCAAGAAAUACCACAGAAUCAGGAGGCCGAAAAGUUAAUGAAAAUAAAGCAUUAACUGCAGCCAAAAAUCGUUUCAAUCCAUACACCACAAAAUUUGAAACUUGCAGAAUAUGUAGACAAAAAGUACAUCAAGUUGGAUCACACUAUUGUCAAUCAUGUGCUUAUAAGAAGGGAAUAUGUGCCAUGUGUGGAAAAAAAAUAAUCAGUACCAAAAAUUACAAGCAAUCGGCAGUGUAGUUUAAACUGGCUGUGUAGGGUUAAAAUGUGAAAAGUGUAUUUUAGUUUAAUCAUAUUAAUUGAAUUAUUGUUAGGGAGAUGAUGUAGUGGAAUGGGGCACUCAAUGUUGAAGAUGGUUUCUGAGAAUUAUAACUUCUAGCUUCACAUAUCCCUUCUUUGCAUGAUUUUUUCUUUAUCGGUAAAUAAAUCAAGGUGAUAUAAUUUAUGUUCAAAAUUAAAGGAAAAAUGGUUAAAAAACUAUUAGUAUAUAUUUAUGGUAGAGAUUUAACAAAAAACAAUAUCAUGGAAAUUUCCAUCAUUAUGCAAAAUUAUAUCAUUAGCUUAGUAGUAAAUAGAAAUAAAAGAGGAUAUCAUUGGAUAUUUUUUAUUCUUUAUGAUAAUUAACAAAACAAUCAUUAUUUUUAUUUACUCACAAAUUGUAGAAUACCCUUUAGAUUUAGAAUAUUUGCACAGGAGUGACCCACCCACUGUUGUCUAAUGUUCAGCAACAUUUGUUCUUAUAUCUUUUGGAGGUGGAGGAACUGUAUCAAAUCUUUCAUUGAGGAGCUGUAGUACAGGUCAGAUUUUACGGAGUCUGUCAUGUUCUGGGUGUCCUGGUUUAUGAAGAUGAUUAUUAUUGAAAUGUAACAAUGAGUAAAAAUAUUUUUCUUAUAUGUUAAGAGAUAAGUAACUGCAGUGUGAUGUUAAAUUCUAUCAUGUGGUAUUUUUUAAAUUAAAUGCAAACUUUUUCAGAAAUUGCUCAAAUAAGGUUGAAGAAUCCCGACUCUAUAGUUAUAUAGCGGUUGUCUAGGAAAAAUGCGGUUUUCUCAUUAUGAAUGGUUGGCGGUCCUGCUAAUGACAUUUUUAAGUGCUGUCAUCUUGACAUUCAUUUUUACUUCAUGUAUUCCGAUUUACUUGUAAUUUGAAUUUAUUUUGUCAAGCAAUUAAAAACUAAACUGAAAAAGUUUGUUUGGAUUAGAACAUGAAAAUCACAUCAAAUAAUAAUAUAAACACAUGUUACAAACUCAAAUACAUAUAAUAAAACAAAAUUAAAAACGAAUCAUAUGUUUAUUGCAACCAAGGUUACUAGAAUAAUAGAAGGUUUGUGACAUGCGCCUGUUUUUGUAAACAAAUGAUCAGCUGCUAGAACAUAAGCUACUUCAUUAUGUUUACAUUUUUGUUUUGUUUAUAUUUUUUGUCAAACAGAAGCUCACUAACAUUAUGUUCAAGUUAUGAGGAUGUGUGUUAUCUUUUGCUGAUCUGGCUAUACAAACGAAUAUAUUUCGAAGUAACGAAUUUAUUCAGACUUGUUGCCGUUCUCACAACUGUGAAGAACCGGUGACGUCACUUGUCUACUGCGCAUCUUGUCAUUGUCACAAACCUUCUAUUAUUCUAGUAACCUUGAUUGCAACUACAACAAACAGUGGAAUGACAACUUCAAGUUCGUACACAGAAUGAACGGGGGCAUGAUGGGCUUUUGACGUUGAAGUUAACCAACUUUCUACUUUUUCGCGCUGAUCGUCGUUAAAUGUCAAAAACAUAACCUCACUUUCUUCGUCUGAAUCUAAUUCGUUCAUUUUAAAAUGUUUUGUAGUAAAGUUAUUGUAGAAAUUUCAAUUCAAAUUGAGGGGUCAAGUUCGCGUUCAUUUUGUGCACCGCUUUACUGAUAGUGACACUGGCUUAUUUUUGACUGCUAUGUUUUUUUAUGCAAUGAACAUUAAAAAGUUAUGCAGACACGAUCAACUUGAAGUGAACUUGGUUUUUUAUAUAAUUCUUGAGCAAUCAAUGUUAUGAUGGAAAUUUCCACCAUCAUGCAAAUAAGGGAUAUAUUACUUAUGAAAUAUAUGACAAUAGGAUUAGGCUGGCCAUACGUCGUUUUGAACGAGACAGUCCCGUUAUUUUAGGCUUUUGGGGUUGUUUCGUCGGUUUACGGAAAUUCCCGUUUUUUUGCCAGUAAUACGAAAAUUUGAUUUAUUUCAGUUUUAUAAAAUAAGAAAAAACUGUUACUUGGUAAGUUCUUAUUACACCUUUGGUAAAGAUUCACUUCUAGAAUAUUAAUAAUUAAAUCAAUCCAGUUGAACAUGUAUUUUCCUUGAUGAAUAACAUUUGGUCAUCUAAAAAUUUCGUCUACACAUCGACACAGUAAGUUCCAUGUUGAUGGAUCAUUCUUGUGGUGAAUUUUACGAAAUGCUCAUAAAAAAACAAAAGUGAUGAAAAAAAUAAGCAGUUCCCAGAAGUACAUUUGGAAAGAAAAAGAAACUACAGUACAAUCUCUCUAGUUCUGCCACCUCGGGACCGGACUACCGACCGAACGACCAAAUGGCCGGACUAAUCGGAUGUACUACUAAAGUUUAAAAUAACCCUAUUAAACCUAUUACCUACGUUAAAAAAUCAACAAAAGACGUUGUUAAAAUAUUUUAACAGCAUUUUGUACUUACCAACAAGAAUGUUUGACGUGUCUUUGUCUUGUUGUACAACUCGGAGAUACGUUUUUGUAACACAUUUAAAAAGUAAAUACAGAUACUGGUUCAAAGAUAAUAAUGAAAAAAAACAUACUAUACACACAACAAAACCAACUCAAAAUAUAUUUGUGUAAAUCACUUUACAAUACACAUAACCUUAAAAAAUUGAAAGAAAUCUGUUAUUUUCUUCUGCUUUUUUUGAACAAUAGUGUUCUUGAAGGCAUAGUUACGCCACUUUGUCAUGAACAUUACGUCAACAGCAGUAGCAGACGCUUGUUGCUCAACGUACAUUUUUGCACGUUCAAGUGCGGCCCUUUCUUCUUCAUGGCUUAAAUUUCCCUCACUACGUCCUUCUUCCCCGUCCUCUUCCUCAUCUAUGUCAUUAGCAUCUUGAUUCAUUACAACUUGAAUAAUUACAUCGUCAUUUAAUAACUCAUUGCCAAGCUCAUCAUCAUUGCUUACAAUCCAUUCCAUAACGUCACUCUCAACAAAGUUGUUAGGAUCACCUGUUGUAGGCAGUCGUUGAAGAUCUGAUAACAUUGAUUGGUUGUCAUCUUGUUCCAACACCUGGGUGUAGUCAUGGUGGUUUCAUCAGGAUUUGGGUUUUCUUGUUGGGCCUUGUCAACGAUCUCUUCUACAUCCGACCAGACCUUCUGCAAAGACUUUGUAAAUGUAGAUGAAGGAAUCUCAUCAUAUGCUUUAGCUGCCAUAUAAAUGACGUCUUGUCUCACCCUCAUUGUCCAAUUUACCUAAAAUUUCGGAGAGAAGUCCUCUUCAGGAUGUGUAGGUGCAUUGUCAAGCACAAGCAGAACCUUAAUUGGCAACUUCAAUUAUGUUAAAUGUUGUUUCACAAAUUUGGCAACAAACCAUUAUUUGAACAAAUAAGAGUCCAUCCAGGCAGAUUUCUGUGCUCUGUAGUACACUGGGAGACAACUCAUAUUUAGAUUCUUGAAUGCUCCUGAUGCGUUCGAACACAAAGCACUGUACACAACAAUCAGGUGAAAAUGUUGAUUGAACUGUCACUGGUAUACAUGUUGAUAGAUCAGACUAUUUAACUGAAUUUGUUUUAUUAUUGCAAAAAAAGUUUGUAACAGGAUGUAAGUUUUGUAAAUACUCUGUGUUGUAUUUUGUUUCAAUUAUUUCCUAAACAUAAUGAGUGUUUUACAUAAACAUGCUUAACUAUAAAACAUUUUUAUUCAAUUUUGGGUUUGGCCUGUAUUAAACAUCUUUAAAAUAUUUUACACUUUUUGAUGUUUUAAAGUCUUUAAAAUUCAAAUGAAAAAUAAAUGUUGGAAUUUCCGGCACAUUUGAGUACCCUACACCUCAACCGCAAAAAUACUGACUGUCUCGUUUUUGAAAAAAGUUUUUAUGGCCAGCCCAAAUAAGAUAUGUUUAAAAUUUCUCAUAUUAUUUGUAUAAUUUUUAAUACAGUUUCAUCUGUUUCCUCAUAAAUGAAGCGGAAUAGGGUACAAUUAUAACAAAAUUUAAGUAGAUUUUAUCCAGCCUUUUCCUAAAGCAAAUAUUAAAUCAACCAUAACAACAUGUAGAAAAAAAGCAAUAUCUUCAGAUAACUCAAGAUACUUUUGUGCUCUUAAUAAUUCCACUUUGCUAAAGCUAUUUUUUAAUAAUUUUUGAGUCUCUAGAUUCUUAUUCAGAAAAAAUAUCAAAAUUUGGAAUGAACAAUACCUCAAAAUGAGAUAUUUAUCCAUUCAUUGAGGUACCGCGACUCUGAGAAGAGUGUUGCUAUUAAAUAAUCUUUGGAACAAUGCUAUUAAUCCUCAAAAUUAUGCAUCAAUUUCAUAAUUCCAGUUAUUUUAUAACACACUAUUUGUAAAACAGAUUGCUCUGAAGUAGCUUCGUUUAACUAUUGAACUCUUUAUAAAUGUUCAGUUUCUUUUAGAUGGGAGUCUACAUCAGUAAAAACUUCCAAGUAUACAAGCUAAGCUAGUGUAUCGUAACAGAUAGUACUGAGGUUAUUACUAAUAGAGUCAUGAAAAUACUUAUAGCACCACUUCUAGAAACGUCUUAUAUAAAAAUAACUUUACAAAACGUGAGAAGUGUUUCAAGAAAUGCUGGAACUAGACUCAAAUAGCUGAGACUCAUUAUGGAAAACCAUGCAGUUAAAUUAAGAUCCACAUGUGAAGAUGCGAACCAGAAUAUUUAAGAGUGGGGCAAUGUACUUUUCAUAGAUGAUAAGAUUUUAAAAAAUUUUGGAGGGUCUAUCAUGUCGUCGGGUGAAAUAUCUUUUACAAAGACACACCAAAUUUGGUAAUUAUAAGCGAAACAUUUUUUUUCGAAAUUUUCGUCUGUAUGUCUCUGUUCUGUAACUCCCUUUUUAUGUAAAUGAAUUUGUUGAAUAUAUUAAUUAUUAAAUUACUAAGUAUGAUUCACUGGUUUAUAUUUGUUGUAAAAUAGGUAAAUAGGAAUUAGAAAAUUAUAUAUUCAUAUAA